AUGAGUUGCAGCAUAUGUACCUGUUCUGCCAGCAACCGAACGCCGUUUUACUGUCCUACUUGUGCCCGGAGUCAUUUGUAUACGCUCAGAUAUGAAAACGCCCGGGUGCUACUUGAGAAGGAAUCGAUAGGAAAAGAGGUAGAGGCAGCGGUCGCUGGGAAUACAGGUGUACAACGACGACAGCAACAACAAAAUGCGAAUACAAAUGCAAACAACAAUACUCGUCAAGCGAGCCGCGAACGGAAUUUAAAAUGGGAUGCCCAAGCAGCCCAGACAGAGCAGGCUCGAUCCUCUGACCGGAUACGAGCUAUGCGAGACUGCAUAGAGACCCUGAGAUCUGAUAUCGAGCAGCGAAAAGCUCAGAUCCGCCACAUGAAACUGCAGCAGAAACAACGUCGCUCAGAUGCGGAAUCCGCAAACUUCCAGCUCAGUGAACGACGGAAUGCUGCCUUGGCGAGUAUUCAAAAUGGAAUAAAGAGAACAGAACAUCUUUGGCAUUCGUUACAUAACAAGACUGCGGAGUCGAGGAUAUUCCUGUGCCGCGAGGCUGCAUUCUUGUACGGUCUUCGACAGGAGGUUGGGAAACGAGAAGGUGGGAGAAAGAGCGAGAAAUACUAUAUUGGAGGCGUACAGAUUGUUGACUUGAGAAGCUUGAAUGGUGCCUCACCACCACAAAUCUCCACGGCUUUAUCCAACAUCUCUCAUUUACUCAUACUUGUAUCCCACUAUCUUUCCCUCCGACUGCCUGCAGAGAUCAUUUUACCUCACCGUAAUCACGCGAUACCUACAAUCUUCACACCAGCAGCAUCCUAUUCCUCGGCGCAGGAUAACCUGAGCGAUGUCUACCACCCAUACAACCAUUCCAAACCGGGCGACACUCGCAAACACCGAGCUCGGCCGUUAUCAGUUGAAAAAACGCUCCCAAAAUUAGUCAAAGAAGAACCCGCCACAUAUGCCCUCUUCAUAGAAGGAGUCUCCCUCCUGGCCUGGAACGUAUCCUGGCUCUGUCGCACUCAAGGCCUGAACAUCGGCUCCGAUUCCUGGGAAGACAUCUGCAACAUCGGGAAAAACAUGUGGCAACUCCUGGUUUCACCAACCACAGCCCAAAACGCAAACACCACCACUACAACGAGAGCAAUAUCCAGCCGAGAAACCGUCGCUGUUCGCCAAAAGAAUAGUAAUCAACAGCAGCCAAAGACUAUUAUCCAAAGGACGAAAUCGUUCCCCAUGCUAGGACAUUAUUCUCAUGGUACCUCGCACUCUUUCCUCGGUGCCUCGGAAGGCGUCGAGUUCAUGAAGACGUGGAAGUUGCCUACACCAGCUAAGAUAGCGGAUAAGCUAAAGUCAGCGUUGUUGGGCGAGAUGGCUAAUGCUGAAUGGGAGUUGUUGGAGGAGAAGGAAUGGGAUGAUCUUGCUGAAGGUGGUCGGGAUAACGAUGCUGCGAAUCCAGCUUCUCAAGGCGGGAAUCGUAGGGCCUCGUUGACGGCGAUGACGAUGACUAAAAGCAACUCGGCUGAGACAGUAGAUGAUAUUUCAAGUGCCAAACCGAUGCGUACUUCUCUGACCUCAACAACUACGACCACCUCUAAUAGUAAUAAUACUCGACCCAGUGGAACAAGUGGCUGGACCAAAUUGAAGAGCAAGCAACCAGGAACAUGA